AUGUUUGCCAAAGCGCUGGGGGCGGAGACGUGGGCGAUUUCCCGGUCUCGGGCGAAGGAGGCCGACGCCCGGAAGCUGGGCGCUGAUGGGUAUAUUGCUACCGCGGAGGAGGGCUGGGAGCUGCCACAUCAAUACUCGUUUGAUCUGAUCAUCAAUUGUGCCAAUUCGUCUGAGGGCUUUGAUCUUGCCCGUUACCUGUCCAUGAUGGAUGUGCAUGGUCGCUGGAUCAGUGUUGGGCUGCCCGAGGAGGAGGGCCAGGUUAUCAAGGCCCAGAACUUGAUUGACAAUGGUGUUCUUAUCGGUGCUAGUCACUUGGGGAGUCGUCGUGAGAUGCUGGAGAUGCUGCAGUUGGCGGCUGACAAGGGUCUCCAGGGCUGGGUGGAGGGGAUCGCCAUUGGCGAAGAGGGUCUCAAGGAGGCGAUGCUUCGCAUGAAGAAGGGCGAAGUUCGCUAUCGGUUUACCCUGACGGGGUAUGAGAAGGUAUUUGGAUAG